AUGGAGUGGCAGUCGGUGGUUUUGAGGAUCUCCUUGAUGUCCUCCCGCGCGCUCUUGAGCUGCGCGGCAUCCUACGCCGUCAUGCAUCGGACCACCCGCAGCCGCGACACCACCCUGGCGGCGCCACCGCACGCUCUCCUCGCAGCCUUCCUUGCGCAGUUGAAUAGAACCAGGGAAGAGGAUGGCAGCUCAGGCCCGGGCUUGGUCGUCGAGGUCAUAAAGCUCUUCAUCGGCAACGCCAACGGGAUCAUCAACGACAUCGCCGGCCUGCUGAACGAGCCCGUGCCAGACUUCGACAAGGUGGACGACCUGGUGCAUCGGGUCAAGGGCUGCAGCUGCAGUGUCGGUGCGAAGAAAGUGAACCUCUCCUGCAUGCACUUCAAUCAGUACAUCGAGGCAAGAAGCAAAGAAGGGUGCCUCAUGGCGCUGGCUCUUCUUAGGAAUGAGUUUUGCGAUGUGUGCAACAAGUUCCAGACAAUGAUGCAGCUGGAGCAACAGAUCGCGGCCUAUGGUCCUAAAUAGUAGCAGUCAAAGCAAAAAAAAAACAUAGCCCCAAUGUGAUCCCUCCCAUGAUGGGGUGUACCUAUCUCUGAAGAUGCAAACAAUGUUCAACAUGUGUAUGGCUUUGAGGGGGUUAUAAAAUAAUAUGAGGAAUCUUGGGUAGGAACUAUUGUCUAGCAACUUUUCAAAAAGUUCGUUGUCAUGUGUCUAUGUCUCUGUCAAGUCUAUAUUAGGUUGAGCCUAUUGGACUUUCCCGCCUCAUGCAAUUUGUAAACUCUUUACCUGGUUGGUUGGUUGGUUAAUGGUGUCUUCGGUUUUUCA